UUCCAACACCAUCUCCCAUCCCUCUCCUUCAUCUCCUCCCAUCCGUGACACUCCUCCACAACCUCCCCAUUCACCCACCCUCUCACCGCCACGAUGGACGCCCUCGUCCAACAAUACUCCCGCCCAUCCCACCAAAACACCCUCUCCUCCAACGCCGCCUUCCCAGACGACUCCGAACUCACCACCACGAUCCCUCCGCCUCUCAGCCUCAAAUUCGCCCUCCCUCCCAUCACAGCGCCGCAAUCAUGGCUCCGCAGCAUGACCGACGACCACGCGAACCCCAGCUGUCCUAUCAAGAUUGCGCACGGCACGACAACGCUGGCUUUCCGAUUCAAGGGCGGGAUUGUCGUGGCGACGGAUUCGAGAGCGACGGCGGGCAACUGGAUUGCGAGUCAGACGGUGAAGAAGGUGAUUGAGAUUAACAGCUGUUUGCUGGGGACGAUGGCGGGCGGUGCGGCGGAUUGUCAAUACUGGCUCGCAUAUCUCGGCAUGCAGUGUCGUCUGCACGAGCUCCGCCACAAGCAGCGCAUCAGCGUGGCCGCGGCAUCCAAGAUUCUCGCCAACCUGGUGUACAGCUACAAGGGCAUGGGGCUCAGCAUGGGCACGAUGUGCGCGGGUGUCACGCCCACCGAGGGGCCUGCGCUCUACUACAUCGACAGCGAUGGUACGAGAUUGUCCGGAAACUUGUUCUGCGUGGGAAGUGGACAGACAUUCGCGUAUGGCGUGCUGGACGCGGAGUACAAGUACGAUAUGGAGGACGAUGAGGCGCUCGAGCUGGGCAAGCGGAGUAUUCUCGCUGCCACGCAUCGGGAUGCCUACUCUGGUGGAUUCAUCAAUCUUUACAUUGUCAAGGAGAAAGGUUGGGAGAAGAUCGGCUUCAUGGACACCAACCCCAUCUUCUGGCAAACCAAGCUCGAAAAGGGCGAGUUCUCGAAUGUGACGGCCAAGCUGGACUAGAAGUCGAGAUGAUCUCAUGUGAUUUCGAGAGGAUGGAGUAGUGGGAGAUUCGCCCGCCCGCCUGGAUGGACGGAUGCUUCACCGGUGUAAUCGUAGUACUACUAGAUGCAUAGCGUGCGCAAGGUAUCCUUUAUCUCACAC